ACCUUCACGCUGACUGUUAAUUCUUCUCUUUUAGCUCAGGGUCAUGGUGCCAAAGGGGACAACAUCUACGAAUUCCAGAUUGAGUUCCUAGAGCCAGUUGAGCCUAACCUUGUAUGCAGAGUGACUCAAAGGCAGCUGAACAUCACCGUGCAGAAAAAAGAGAGUAACUGGUGGGAGAGGCUCACCAAGCAAGAGAAGCGCCCGCUCUACGACCGCUGGCUGGACGAGUCGGAUGCUGAGAUGGAGCUGAGGGAGAAGGAAGAAGAAAAGAUUAACAAAAUGAAAAUAGAAUCCAGAGUCCCAAAAGACCCUUUCAGGCACCUGAAGAAGGGAUACUUAGUCAUGUAUAAUCUUGUACAAUUUUUGGGAUUCUCUUGGAUUUUUGUGAACAUGACAGUACGACUCUUCAUCUUAGGAAAAGAUUCCUUCUAUGAUACAUUUCACACUAUUGCUGACAUGAUGUAUUUCUGUCAGACCCUGGCAGUAAUGGAGAUCAUGAAUUCACUAAUAGGACUUGUCAGAUCACCGCUGUUACCUGCUGUAAUGCAGAUAUUUGGAAGAAACUUUGUCUUGUUUGUUAUCCUUGGAAGCUUAGAGGAAAUGCAGAGCAAACCAGUAGUGUUCUUCAUAUUUUAUUUCUGGAGUAUCAUUGAGCUGUUCAGGUAUCCGUAUUACAUGCUGUCGUGCAUCGGGAUUGAGUGGAAACCACUAACCUGGCUCCGUUACACUGCCUGGAUCCCUCUCUACCCCUUAGGAGGCUUGUCAGAAGCCGUCGCUGUCGUUCAGUCCAUUCCAAUCUUCAGUGAAACAGGGAAAUUUAGUCUGGGAUUGCCAAAUCCACUGAACGUCACAAUCCAGUUUUCAUUUUUGCUUCAACUAUACCUUAUAGCCUUGUUUUUAGGGGUAUUUCUAAACUUCCGCCAUCUCUACAAGCAAAGGAAACAGCACCUUGGACCAAAGAAGAGAAAGAUGAAGUAGAGGAGGACUGCAAUGCUUUCUUAUCUAACUUAUCUCAACAAGAUAAGCCUCUAAUUCUUAUGGUUUUACCCACUGUAAUGUAAAGAAUUUUGUAAAAUUCAAUGAUCACGCUUGAUUUCAUGAUUCCAUAGCGAGUUCAGGUCACAUUCCCAUAGGCUAUUCUGUUCCCUUUCAAUCAUGUAUGCAUGGCAUCUACCACUCAGCAGCAACAUUUACACUUGUAUCUUGUCAGCUACCAUAUUAGAAAGAAAUCCUAUUAUCUGCAUAUAAUAUGCUUAUGAACAAUGGAGCAGCACUAAAUAGAAAUAGCUUUUAUCUUUUCAUGGGAUAUUUGCUCUUUCAAUAUUGCAUGCAGAUAGGGCUUCUGAUGUCAGGAUAUACUGUUAGCUGCCCCAUGCUGCUCCUGUGGUGCACCUUGGUGGCAGGAGCAGAAUCUGAGACCACUGAACAGCGUUUGGAUGUUCACAACAGCUGGGG